AUGGGAAACUCUCAGUCACAAACAGGUGGGAACGCCAGCGGUGGAGAUGCGGCGGGCCCGACGCAGCUCGAUUACUAUGACCUCCUCGGGGUGGACGAAGAGGCAGGCGACGACGAGAUCAAGAAAGCUUUCCGAAAAGCCGCCCUCAAACAUCAUCCUGACAAGAACCCGGACAACAUAGAAGAGGCAACAAAGCUCUUUGCGGACAUACAACAGGCGUACGAAGUCCUAAGCGAUCCUCAGGAGCGAGCAUGGUACGACCGCCAUCGAAACCAGCCCGUCGCGCUUUCAGACGACGGUCUCUUUCAGCACGUCUCGAAGGGAGAAAAGGCACCACCGGUCUCGAAACGUAGACCAGGCGAACCGGGGGUCUCGUUGGAACAGCUGAUGAGGUUUUUCGACCCGAAGUUGGCUAGGAAGUUGGAUGACACCAAUGAUGGCUUCUUCUCCAUUUAUCGAUCCCUUUUCGAAUUGCUUUCUUCGGACGAACAACUUCACGAUCCGAGCAACACCGAUGGUAUGCACCCCGGGCCUGCAUACCCGACGUUUGGGGAUUCUACCACUCCCUAUGCGCCUCCACCGGGUUCCACGAAGGCGGAAAAAGAGGCAGGUGUAUGGGCUAGGGAUUUCUAUACGGUCUGGAGUCAGUUCGUCACCAACAAGGGGUUCGACUGGAAGUCGGCUUGGGAUAUGGACCCGUCGUAUGACCGGAAGGCGAGGCGGAUGGUGGAAAAAGAUAACAAGCGGCUGCGAGACGAUGUACGCAAAGAAUACAACAAUGCGGUGCGAGAGUUGGCAAUCUUCAUCCAAAAUCGUGAUCCUCGGUAUCACGCCUACCAGCGUCAACGCGAAAGAUCGAAAAAAGAAGCUCAGCGUGGCCCUGCCGGUCUGCGACCGCGAGGAUCAGGUAAACCUCAACCUACCGCUCGAGCGCAACCGGUAGCGGCCAAGCGCAACGUUCACGCCGAGAUGGCCGCUCAGCACGCUCCCGAAUACGCCCCACAAUCGUGGCAACAGGUGGAGUCCGUCAUCGACUUGGAUGAAAACGAUUUCGCCACCUCGGCCAAGCCGAAGAAACCUAGUAAUUGGAACGAGACGGGCAUGGUCGAUGAAGAUGGGAGCGGGUCCGAAGAGGAAGAAGGGCAAUACGAGUGUUUCGCCUGUAACAAGGUGUUUGCGAGCGAGAAGACGUGGGAGAAUCACGAGCGGUCAAAGAAGCACAAACAGGCCGUCUGGAGGUUGCAAAAGGAGAUGAUGGAAGAGGACGAGGAGCUUUUCAACUCUGGUGACGAAGAGAAGGAGGAAGCCGAUGACGAUUCGCUAGCAGACGAUUUCGACGAUGCGCUCGACCUGCAGGAUGUGCUCGAAGCCGAUCUGGAGGAGGAUCAGAGCGAGGCGAAUGCGGGCACCGAGGCCGAAGCCGAUGCAGAUGCAAAUGCAGCUCCACAGGAAGAUGAAGUCGGGGAAGUUCAGACCCAACAAUCUAUUCGUACGGACCACAAGGAAGAUCACGUCGACGUCAAAGAAGUGCAACCUGUGAUCCCCUCGACGGCGGCAACCUCGAAUACCGGCUUGUCAGACGGCGACAACGACGAUGAGGAUGAAGAGGCGGACGAGUUGGCGAAGAAGCCUGGGGGAAAGGCGCCUGCUGCUCCUCAGAUGUCGAAAAAGGACAAGCGUCGGGCAAAGGAACGUCGGAAAAAGGAAGAACAGGAGGCGGCGGCCAAGAAUGGAACGGGGGCUGUGAGUCAUCGAGCAACCGCAUUCGUUAUCGAAGCUACUAAAUCACAAUCUUGCAUAUUCAUAGCACGCUUGCAACGUCUGUGGAGAAGAGUUUCCCUCAAAGACGAAGUUAUUCGAGCACGUCCGAGAUGA